GCGUGCAACAACGUAUUUUCAGAGGAGAUGGCUGAACUCUGCCUAAAUCAAGUUAAUGCACUUCGCAAUAAGUUUGGCAAAGUAUUAGAUCUUGGUUAUGUUGAUGAUGCAUCUAAGUCCGCUGUAAAUAAAUGUGACCCACUAGUUUUGCCCGAAGAUGUCUACCACCUUGCUAUCGAGAUAUCUUACGAAAUUAUAAACAAUGGUCAAAAUCGCGGUAUCCAAACAUACGAACCAAAUAUUCGCUUUGAUUUUUCAAAAGCCAACUUUAAAAAACUGGUUAAAGAAUUGUCUAAAUUUUUNAUGAGUAUCGAAUUUGCUGUCGAAAAGAAUUUUGCUUUCGAUGGUGUAGCGAAGUGUUAGAAAAUUCUGAAAAACUUAUGAU